CCCAAACCCACAGUAAUGAGCUUAUUUUAGUUGAGGGGGUGGAGUUAGUGAUAUAACGAACAGAUGUAUCGGUCUAUAAAUACUGAACUCUGUUGCUGUUAUUUACCUUGAACACAAGUUUCACACUUCAGACCAAACAGGUUUAAACUGAGAGAAUGCAGGCUCUUCAGGUUCUGUCUCUUACUCUGCUGUCUGUGCUGGCGGUCAGCGCUCAGUCCAUCGGCUCUGGAAAAUGUCCACAGCCUCCUGUUCAGCAAAACUUUGAUCCUACUAGGUACAUGGGCAGAUGGCAUGAGAUCAUGAAGAUUCCAGCCCCGUUCCAGUUGGGAGAGUGUUGCCAGGCUACUUACACUCUGAGUGACGGUAUUGUCCUGGUUCGAAAUGAUGAGCUUCUUGCUAAUGGCACUGUCAGCUUCAUUGAGGGAACUGCCAAGAUUGUAGAUGCAUCAGAGCCUGCCAAACUUGAAGUCUGCUUCUUUGAAGAUGCCCCUCCUGCCCCCUACUGGGUGCUGGCUACUGAUUAUGACAACUACACCCUGGUUUACUCUUGCUCUGAUUUCGCUGGGCUCUUUCGUGCUGAGUAUUCCUGGAUCAUGAGCAGAACCCGCACACUUCCUAAAGAGACUGUCCCUGAGCUGUUAGACAUCCUCAAAUCCCAUGGCAUCAGCACUGAUGGUUUCACUGAGACCGACCAGAGACCGGAGCUGUGCAGCAGCAUGCCUUAAUAUAGAUGCCUUAUAAUGAACUAUUGCGAGAUGUGUUGUGGUCUAAUUGUUUU